AUGGGUCAACUUGCAACCCAGCUAAACGCGAGGCCGUCGGGAGCACUACCGUCGAAUACAGAAGAUCCUCGAAAGAGCAACAUCGAGCUGUGCAAUGCAGUAACUUUGCGAAACGGGAGGCAAUUAGAGGAAGGUCCUACAAAGUCCGUUGCACCACCGCCUAUUGUAGAGGAGCCCGAAGAAAAGACCGCGGUCAGGCCAAGCAACACAAAGAUCACAUUGCAUGUUAAUAUUCCUUUUGUUGAGGCACUUAAGAAUAUGCCAAAUUGGGUUAAGUUCAUAAAGGAACUUAUAUCGAAGAAGAUGAGGCUUCCGGAGUGUGCAGCAAUAGUAGACCUCAAUGAGCAAAGUAGUGAUAUCGUUUCAAAUAAAAUUCCACCGAAGCUUAGAGAUCCGGGGAGUUGUACCAUUCCAUGCACAAUAGGUACUAGGUACUUUGGUCGGGCAUUGUGUGAUCAAGGGGCUAGCGUAAAUUUAAUGCCUUUAUCAAUUUAUGAGAAAUUGAAUUUAGGAGAAAUUAAGCCCACUUCCGUGACCUUGCAGCUUGACGAUAGAUCUUUUACUCACCCUUUAGGUAUAGUUGAGGAUGUAUUGGUCAAUGUAGAUAAGUUCAUACUCCCGGCCGAUUUUCUAAUACUAGACAUAGAAGAAGAUGAAAAUAUUCCCCUUAUCUUAGGACGCCCCUUCUUAGCAACUGGUAGGUCAAUUAUUGAUGUAGGGAAGAAAGUGCUAAGAGUGAGUGUGGGAGAAGAAACAGUGAUGUUCAAGGUGUACCGGGUGGAUCAAAAGCCUAUUAUGGCUAAUGGAUGUUAUCUACUUGAUGAGGACAAAAAAUUGCAGCUCUGGAGCUCAUACGGCCGUCCCAAAACAAGGCUAAAUUCACACGGUCGUGCGAGAAACAGACAGCUACUACCCAAUUUUGGCAAUUCGCACGGCCGUGUGGAAAACAGUUCAAAAUCUCAUACAGCCGUGCGAAACGCAACAGAAGCAUACUAA